CGUGUCUUGCGAGGAGUCGAUCUCGCGUAACGGGUCACGUUCGAUCGCGAGCCAGCCGAUCCCACCUUCGACGCCCUGUAUAAAAGAUGUCUCAGAGGGGACAGGAUGGCAGUGCCACGUGCGAAAACGACAUGUCCACGUCGAAAAACAACUCGCUGUUACGGCUGAACCAGGAGAGUCGGCGUGCAUCCGGCGACUGGCAGGAUCAGGAGACCGACUCGGAGAUCAGCGAGACCGACUUUCUCACCAAAGGUGCCUUCCUGUUGACGCCGAGCCACGAGCUCAGCAUCGAGAAGGCGGCCACUAUAUGCGAGAAGAUGAACUUCCGUGGCGCGUUCUCCCUGACGAAGACGGCCACCGGUAUACUCUUCAAGUUCAGCAACAUCGACGAUUUUCAGGCGGUCUACAAAAAGGGCUUCCACAAAGUCACCGGGGCACGCUUCUACAAGAAGGUUGCCAUACCCUGCAGACCGGCGAAGACAUUCACCGUUUACGUUUUGGACGUACCUGAAGAAUUACCCGAAGAAGAUAUUAGACACGCUCUCUACAAGUACCGAUCUAUAGUCGAAGUUACGCGGCUGCCUCUCAACACCGGCACUGUCUUGAAAGCGAUCAACGACAAGCUGAAAAGCGACGCUCACACCCAGAACGAGCCAGCGACGAUUUACACGGGGCCGCCGGUUAUAAGGGUCACCCUGGCCAGCGUGGAGGAGACCUCGACGCUGCUCAGCCGUGGUCUGGAUUUUUAUGGGGCCACAUAUUUCCCCACCGAAACGCCCCAUCCGGCUGCUCAACCUUUGGCCAAAUACAAAAACAACAGAUGGCUCGAGUUGGCAGCCAUCGGUGCUGGACAAAGAGUCAGGGACCUACUUCCGGUCUUCGACAACGCGGGCUUCAACAAAUUACCACCCCCGGCCAGCCGGCUGAUAAAGCCGCAAAAAAACUGACACGUUCCUCGACUUCUUUCAUCCCCUCUACGAAAUUCCAGGGGAACUCCUGUGUCUCACGACAUCCAGCCUCGAGUUUUAUCGAACUCGGCAUAGGAAUGUCGAGGAUCGGUUCCAGACGAUUGAGAACGCGUUAAAGGAAACCGAAAAAUUCUUUGUCGCACGGCAAUGGAAUCGCGUUUGUGUAAUAAUUUUGUUAAUUUAACUUUUUCGCAGUGUAACGAAAAAUGGUAUAUGUUUAGAAAAUGUUUCUUUUAUCGGUGAAGCUAUACAGUGACGAACAAAAGGAAGAUUGAAAACACGAGAUUCGUAAAAUCCGUAAUUUUGUAAAAUAGAGUUACAUUUAAUAAAAGGAAUGAAUAGAUGUAAUGUCGAAUAGAUAUAAACUGCAAAACACAUGAUUGCUAUUAAUGUCGAUAAGAAAGAUGUUUAGUCCAAAGUAGAAGUAUAUAUAGAGGUUAUAAUAUAAAUAUAAAA